GUUUUCUCUGCUUACAUACUGUUUGUUUAGCAAGAUUCCGAAACACACAUUAGAAUUUCAUUUGACUCGUCGGUUAUCAAAUCCUCCGUUAGUUACUCUUCCGAUUAAAUCGAUUUGUGAUCCAAAAACUGUAGCAUGAUCAUUUGUCUCUGCUUGUAAGUUUUGAUCCUUAUUAGGUUUAAGUAAUUCUAUGCGGCGAUUUUCAGUAGUUCGUUAGUACUAUCCAAAGUGCUCCAAACGACCCCUGCUGUGCUUUGGCACCAUUAAUUAUCCAUGGAUUCCUGAUCAACUAGGUAUACCGAUCCUUUUUGCACUUUGGCUGUCAAUUAUUUUCUCCAUUGAAAAAGAAUUUCUUUCUGUGAACCAAACUAGAUCGUUACCAUUCUUCUGAUUGUAAGAUGCAGCAGUUCCCUUUGUGGCUGCCAAGCUCUGUCACACUUUAACAGACUAGGCUGCAUCCAGUUACUUUCAUUUGCUUAAAUCCAACAGGAAAUCUCGUACAUCUGAAUCCAUUCUAAUUUAUGUUAGUCUUCGCUUUGCUUGGUACAACCAUCACUCUUCUUAUCAUCAACCUUAACUCCUCAGGUUUUAUUUUCAAUUUGAAUCACAUGUCAGCACAAGGUUUUUAUGUGUGAAUACACUUUUUUGAGAGUGUAUGCAGUUCUAUUGUUUUUUGUUUGACAUCCUUAAACUGAUGAAUGUGAGUAUCUGUUGUGUACAGUCAAUUAUAUGUACACUUGACUCAAGAUGUCUUCAGCCCAAGAUCCAUUUUACAUUGUAAAGGAGGAGAUUCAGGAAUCCAUCGACAAAUUGCAGUUUACUUUUCACCAAUGGGAAAACAUCCCUGCCAACGGCGAAGAUCACGUGCAUCUUACAAAGGAGCUCCUUGGAAGCUGUGAUAGCAUUGAAUGGCAGGUAGAUGAGUUAGAGAAGACAAUUUCGGUUGCAGCAAGAGAUCCUGCAUGGUUUGGCAUCAAUGAAGUUGAGCUUGGAAAAAGAAGGAGAUGGACCAGCAUUGCCCGGACUCAGGUGGGAAAUGUGAAGAAAGCAGUGGGUGGAAAAGACUUAAAUGGCAAAAGCAUUUCAAAUAAGAUCGGGGAACGCCGAGAACUGAUGAGGGUACCACAUUCUAAACAGCAGGAUAGAACACCUCAGUAUAUUGCUGGAGAGAAUGAUGAUUUCAUCUCCUCUGAAUCAGAUAGACAAAUGCUUCUCAUAAAGCAACAAGAUGAAGAACUGGAUGAGAUGAGUGAAGGCAUUCAAAGGAUAGGAAAUGUUGGUCUUACCAUACAUGAAGAACUAUUGGCUCAGGAUCAGAUUAUAGAUGAAUUGGGUACGGAGAUGGAAAGCACAUCAAACCGCCUUGAUUUUGUGCAGAAAAAAGUGGGUAUGGUAAUGAAGAAGGCUGGUAUGAAGGAGCCAGCCAGAAACAAUUGUACUUGGGAUAUGGUAAAGUGUCGGUUCUUUUAUGAAUUUGAUUUUAUAUUUUUGUUUUGUUUUGUUUUGUGGGGAUUUUCACAAAGAGAUGCAUAUAAUAGGUUUGAAUUGUUAAGGGCAUAUUGGUAUUUUCAGUCUGGAUAAUAUUAAUGAGGUCC